AUGGCAGCCACCCGAAAGAUCGCCGAAAAGAUGGUAGAAAGCUGUACCGUGCGAUUUUGCUUUCAGCUGGGCGAUCCCGACGGGAAGGUCGUGACCGGCGAGAUAUUUCACGUGGUCGGCGAUGACCUGUACAUCGAUUUCGGAUGGAAGUUUCACUGCGUCUGCCAGAGACCCGUCAAGAACGGACAAUACUAUGUGAGAGGAUCUAAAGUUCGAUUGAGGGUAAAAGAUUUGGAACUUUCCUCCAAAUUCUUAGGUGCUGUCACGGAUGUAACUCUUCUGGAGGCUGAUUGCACUUUAAUUGGCUUAAUAUCGUCGCCGUUGCAAAUAGCA